CCCUCCCUCCUCUCCUCCGGCGGCGGCGGCGGCGGCGGCGGCGGCGGGCGGAGUGAGCUGCGGAGCCUGGAAUAUGGUCGGGGAAAUGGAAACGAAGGAGAAGCCGAAGCCCACCCCAGAUUACUUGAUGCAGCUGAUGAACGACAAGAAGCUCAUGAGCAGCCUGCCCAACUUCUGCGGGAUCUUCAACCACCUCGAGCGGCUGCUGGACGAAGAAAUUAGCAGAGUACGGAAAGACAUGUACAAUGACACAUUAAAUGGCAGUACAGAGAAAAGGAGUGCAGAAUUGCCUGAUGCCGUGGGACCUAUUGUUCAGUUACAAGAGAAACUUUAUGUGCCUGUAAAAGAAUACCCAGAUUUUAAUUUUGUUGGGAGAAUCCUUGGACCUAGAGGACUUACAGCUAAACAACUUGAAGCAGAAACAGGAUGUAAAAUCAUGGUCCGAGGCAAAGGCUCCAUGAGGGAUAAAAAGAAGGAGGAGCAAAACAGAGGCAAGCCCAAUUGGGAGCAUCUAAAUGAAGAUUUACAUGUACUAAUCACUGUGGAAGAUGCUCAGAACAGAGCAGAGAUCAAGCUGAAGAGAGCAGUUGAAGAAGUAAAGAAGUUACUGGUACCUGCAGCCGAAGGAGAAGACAGCCUGAAGAAGAUGCAGCUGAUGGAGCUUGCAAUUCUGAAUGGCACCUACAGAGAUGCCAACAUUAAAUCACCAGCCCUUGCCUUUUCUCUUGCAGCAACUGCCCAGGCUGCCCCAAGGAUCAUCACUGGGCCCGCGCCUGUCCUCCCACCAGCUGCUCUGCGUACACCUACGCCAGCUGGUCCUACCAUAAUGCCUUUGAUCAGACAAAUACAGACCGCUGUCAUGCCAAACGGAACUCCUCACCCAACUGCUGCAAUAGUCCCUCCGGGGCCUGAAGCUGGGUUAAUCUACACACCCUAUGAAUACCCCUACACGUUGGCACCAGCUACAUCAAUCCUUGAGUACCCUAUUGAACCCAGUGGUGUGUUAGGUGCGGUGGCUACUAAAGUUCGAAGGCACGAUAUGCGUGUCCAUCCUUACCAAAGGAUUGUGACCGCAGACCGAGCCGCCACCGGCAACUAACCUAUGACCUUCUGACCUCUGAACUCUUCACCCAAUGAUGACCUGACCAUGCCUGCCUGCUGAUCAGUUAACUGGUAAUCGCCUUUGCUUGCCUGUCGUCAGUGCAGCGAGCUGAGGCACUUGUCCGUUCGUCUUACCAUCUAACCAAACAAAAGACAAAGAAAUUGUCCUCCAACUCAGCUUCCCCUCCCCCCCUCCUGUUUGGGUGAAAGUGGUUCUAGAACCUGCACUGAAUAGUAGUAAAGCAAUAAGGCCCGAUUCAUCCCACAGCACUGAUCAUCUUUCAAUGUCCCACCCCAAGCGAACGGUAAGAAGGCCUCUCUUAAGAAGGGGAGACAGAUGGCCCUAACUACUCAGUGACAGAGGCAGUUACUGUGAGAGACUUGUAGGAAUCUUUUUCUUCUCCUAGCGAAGUCACAGCUCUCUCUGAAUGUACUGUGUGACAAUGCAUCAUGCAUGAACCUUCGGUCAGGGAUGUCAUUGGUGAAGUGACUUCACAAGUAUUCAAAAUUUGACAUGCUCUUUGUUUAGUCACUACAGUGCCCUCAAAGGGCGGAAAUCGCAGCCUUUUAUAUUGCCUGCCAAAAUUUGAAGUAUUAGAACAAAGUGUGCCAUGAGAGAAAAACUUAACAAGGAGUUUUGAAAAGUAAUGCAAAGAACAAAACUGCAACACUAUUUUUAAAAAGUUGAGUAUCUGAGUUAAAAUUUCCAAAUCUUUAUUUUACACCACCUUAAAAAUUAUACGAGAACAAGGUACAUGCAUUAUGUGUCACAUUACUGGGCAAACUGUUCAAAUAUUUUUUUUAAACCUCCCUGUAUAGAAAAUAUCAUUAAGGAUGUAAAAGCCAUGCUUGCCUAUUUGCUGUAUACAUGUAAUGAAAUUGUAGAUAAAGUGUAGUGCAUUGAAACAAAUGAACAAAAAGUAGAUACUUUUACUAUACAAGGGUGCUGGUGCAGAAAAAAAUAUAUAUAUUUUUGGAAAUGUAGCAUUUUAUACUUUCAAGUGUUAUAAAAAAAAAGAAAAAGAACAAAGAAACCCUUUAUUUCAUUAAAUGAUUUUUUCUGGUGGUUGUCAAGAAACAAAAGACCAAAAGAGCCUUUUUGUCUUUGUUUUUUAUUUUUUAAGUAUUGGAAUAAGUCUAAAGAAAAAGAAAGUGCCUUAUUUUCCUUCAUGGUCAUUUAGUCAAGUGUCCUGCAAGAUCAGCUCCUCCCUCAGAGUAAAAGUGCAUGUCCUCCAUCGCCCAGUAUGUGAAAGGAGAUAUGAGGGGAAACAGAUGAGUUGAUGGUCUAAAUUAUAUGAUUUGUGUCUCGUUAUCUUGAUGCCAAUUUGCCAAAUCUGAUACUGUGAAAAAAAAAUGUGAUAGCUUUUCUAAUGUUUGACUAGUAAAUUUUAAAACGUCAUUCUUUUACAAAUCAUAAUUGAGUACUUUUGGUUAUUACCGUCUUCAGUGUUAGUUAGCCCAGAGGAUUCUGAGGUUAGAAAAAAUUAUGUGAGAUCUGAACAUCAGUUUACAGACAAAAUUAAAUUAGAGCUUUAUUUUAUUUAGAGAAGAGGGAUACAUUGAAUUUUUUUCUUAGUAAUUGGAGAUAAUUGUAAUGCAUAACAAACUUUUUCACAAAAACAAAUCUUUGAAAUUUUUUAUUGUAGAAAAAGUGUUAAAUAACCCCAAUUUGAUCAGACUUUAUGUCAUACCAGAUACCUUGUGUAGUCCAUCUCUGCUGGCUUCAGUAACUGCUCUUUAGUAACACACCUUUUUGCCCCAUUUUUGAACUUUAAAGGAAUGUGGAAAGCUAGUGUCACAGUGCAUAUAAACGCUCAGCUACAUUCCUUUUCAUCUUAAGUUUCUUAUAAAGUUCAAACAGUUUUGUAGUUGAAACAGUUUGUAUGCAAAGCCUGCAUCUAAAUACUUGAGUUAAUCAAUCAUUAACUGCUCAGUACCAGAUGUGGCAAAUCUCAAGUGAUAGUGGACUCCUGGCUCAUCAACUCAUGCCCUCUUCCAUACCGUCAUGGCUUCACAGUCAAGGUCAGCAGGAAGCUCAUUGGGCACCUUCAUGGUGACCUCGCCAUUAUUCUGUCUCACUUGGAACCAUUUUCAGUUUAUUUACUAUGCAAUAGACAGUCCUUGUUUUGUACUCAGCUAGCUUUGGUUUAAUGUACCACUGCUUUGUCUUUCUGUUAUACACGUGGUGAUUUUGAUUUAUUUACGAUAUAUGCUGUGCCAUUUUGAUUUUUAUUUUGUUUGGUUGGUUGAAUAAAUUUGCGACACUCAGAACACUUGAGGUGACAGUAAACAAACAGUACCAGUAUUUGAUCCAGUCUCAUCUCAGCUGUGUUAUACCUGGACAUUUUAGAUGUUUAUCAAAGGUCUUUUAUGGGGAAGAAAGUAAAUGUAAAACAAUAGACGUGUGACGUUUAUGAGUAAUGCUGGCUCUGAACAAACGUUGAAAACUUAGUUGACAAGUGUUUUGAGUCAACUGAAAAAGCAUGACUUUUGGAAUCUCUGAAUGCCUUGGUUCUCAGUAUUAUCACUCUAUUGAAUUUUUUUCUUAUUAAAGUAUGUAGUUUUUAAGACUUUUUUCCUGACAGUAUUAUGUAAUUUUUUAGCGUGGGUAGAUGGGAGUGUCGCUAGUAUGUUACCAUACAGCUGACAUGUAUUUUUUUGUCUAUUCUUUAUUAUCUUAGUAGUUUCAUGCUAUGUAUGUACCAUAACCAACCUAUUGCCUAUGAGAAACAUGUAAGAUAAUGUAUUUACAGCCAUUGUUACAAGUUUAUAAUGUAUUUUUCUAUCUUGUUUUAUAUGUAUGUUAUAUAACAUUCAAAAGAAUUUUUUUCUUGAUCGAGAAAAGGAUACAAAAUGCAAAAUCCACAAUUUUGAUAACUGAAAAUUGCCAAUUGUUUUGCAGUACUUUAUUAUAUUGGGUGUCUUGUCUUUCUUGGGCUUUUAGUUAGCUGAUGAAUGAAAACAUUAGACACUUCUGGGUUUUAGUUGGGAUUUUACAUAGCUUGCAUUUUAAUUCUUUGGUUCUUUGCUGUUUCUAUUAACCCAUAGCAUUAUUUUAAUAAAUGUUAUAAUACCAACCUACUAACUCUGGACUAUGUCUGUUUAUUAACCUUUUUGUGUUUAAUGAAAAUAAACAGAUGAAUAAGAUCUGGAGUUCUGGACUAACACUGAAGACCGUGACCACAGAUAGCACAGGGUGACUUGUUUUCUGUGUUGUCUGUCAGCUGACAGCUGUGCACACUACUGCUGAAAGCUUGGGGCUCUGGCCGUUUGGAGGGUAGGUGCCGUGGAGAUGGGAACAAAGUGGCGUCCCUUUGAGCCAGUCUCGUAGUCAUGCCACUGGCCUUUCAGCAUCUGCAAUACUAAUUCCACACUUGAGUUUUCCUGCUCCAAAUACUCGCUGUCUGCUGACAGCAUAGAGUCAAGAGAUUUAUUGUAAUGAUGCACCUUGAGAAACCAGUUUGAUUCGUUGUUGAGCCAUUUACCUUAACUUCUUCUGCAAACAGGCCAUUUUCAGUCACAUCACUAAGAGUCAACUAAUUUUUUUCCCUGUGUUGUUUAGCCAUCUGCUCCUAUUAAAGCUAGGCUGCUUCUCUAGGAGUACAACCUAGUCUUGUCUCCCCCCCCCCCCAAUUCCCCACCUCCACUUCACCGUAUUAGAGAUCUCAGGUGGCUUUCCUCUUACACACAUUCAGAACAGCCUAGGCAAUUACACAAGAAGCACACAAGGAUGAACACUGUAAUCUGACAUGCAUGUGGUUAAUUUCUAGCAUAGAAUUACAUUUAGGGUUAUUUCACUAUCCCAUGAUUCACUUAGGUAUGCCCUGUGUAGAGGGCCCUCUACGUAUAACUUCUUUAACACUCAAGUCCAUAUAUGUCACAGAUUCAUAAUUUCCUUGUCUGUGGAAAAAAAAAUUGUUUUACAUGUUUUAAAAAAAAGAAACAUGGUGAAUUUUACUUUUGUAAGUAAUGGUUUUUAUUUUGAAACUAUAUUUUAGAAUCCAUAAAAUGAAGGGUUAAAUUAUAAGUUAUGACUUUGUGAAAGCAUACUGCUAAAAUAUUUUGUGUAUAUAUGAAACUCAGAAUAGUGAGACUGGUUUAAUAACCACUGAUCAUUUUUGACCCUGUACACACAUGAAAUAAUCUCUGAGAGGAGGAGGCCUUGUAGUAUCAUUGGUUAUACAGGUUGCCAUUGCCAUAACAAAUAUGUGUAGUACUCUGAAAAUUUGAAGAUGCUGUCAGCUGCUGCACACAUUUUUAUGGUAUCUUGAACUUCUGUGCAGUUAAUAUCCUCUGAAGCAUGCAGUGAGAGUACUUCAUGUAUGGCUGUGCCUUAUUACCCCCAUCCUUACUGAAAACGUUGUUCAAAGACAGUUUGACGUGAUGCAGCUAGCUUUGCAGAUCACAUGUUCAUAGCAUUGCAAUAGUACAACAGCCAAAUUCCUGGGAUGGGAUGAAAAGUUCUAGAGGCACUUCAUUAGUUGAUGCUAUUUGAUGUGUUUUCAUUCAAAAAAGGCUGUUGAUACUAAUGUACUUAGUAAAGCAUUUUUCUUUUUCUUUAGGUAAAAUAUCUAGGAAAACAUGAUAGGAAAAGUAUAUUCACAUCAGUGUAGUGCAGCAUCUUCAUAUGUCAGUGCCCAUGUGAGGGAGUUGUUGAAGUACCUUGUCCAUAAAAAAAUGUCUAUGCACACGAGGUAUUUGGUGUAAAGGGUCUGAUUAUGUGUGUGUGCAACAAAACCAUGAUAGGUAUAAAUAAAAUUGCUGGUUGUGGUUGCGUUGCCUAAUCAACAUUUCAUCAGUGAAGUCUGUGCUUUGUUGUUAUUUUAUGUGACUGAUGUGUGCGUUGGGAGGGGUUGUUGGCUUGUGUUGUUGGAAUGGGAUGCCUGUGUAUUCCUUGAUGACAGCUAACUAGUAUAGCAUUCUCAGCCUGUGAUUUUUUUCAUGAUGGAAUGAAACAUGUUACCAAAUUAUCCAUUAAUUGAGCAAAAUUUAUUCUCUGAAAACUUCCUGGUCUCUCACGUUAAGUGUAUAGAAUAAUAUAUAUUGUCACAAAGUAUUUAAUACUUUUAAAGUGGGAAUAAUAGCUUAACCCAUUUUAUGGACGAUAUCAUUUUAGAAAUAUCCAUGGUAUAUUUAGUACCUGGUUUCUUCUAUAUAAAAUUACCUAAAUUGAGUUGUCUUUAUUUUGAAGAGACUUUAAAAGUAUCUACAGCUGGUGCUCAAUGCUGAAUCAAACUGGUUAACCUGAAACACAAUACACUCCUUUCUUUGUUUCUGCUGCACUAAUUGCCAGGGAUUGGGAGAGGAGGAGCAGCAACUAAUCCAUGGUAGGUAGAUGUAGACUGUGGGCGCUGCAAAUAGUGACUGGACAAAGUACAGGUCACAUUACUUGAAGAGACACUGGUGAGUACUGGGAUAGUCUCAGCCCCCAGGAUAAAUGUUAACUUUAUAUCUCUUUAAAAGGUUCUAUUAUUACAAAGUUUUGAGCCAAAUAUAUCUAUUGUGGGUUAUAAUACAUUGGUAUGUAUAAAAAUCUUGAACUUGUGGAAAUUGUGUGUGUAUACAUAUAUAUAUGUGUGUAUAUAUAUAUAUAUAUAUAUAUAUAUAUAUAUAUAUGAAUAGAUACACGUGUGUGUAUAUAUCUAUAUAGAUGUGGGUGUGUAGAUAUGAAUUAUGUUCCCAAAUCACACAUGAAUGGGAAACUGCAAAUGACUGUACAUGAGGUACAAUAAAAAACUGGACAGUGUGCAUGUGCUACAUCUUCUCAAGCCAAAAAUAAACUGAAAGUGUGCCUGGCCCUUUCACAGAAAUACCGAAGUAAAGAGUACACUUUAAGUUUUUAUUGAUCCUUUAAACACUGCUUAGAAAAUUCAAGAAUCUCACAUUCUAGAAUUCUCGUUUUUAACAGAUCACUGUUUAAAAGAAGGAAAUCGAUAAACUGCGAUGUGCUCCUUGACUGGUCUGUGCAUCCAAAACACCAUGCUAGUCUUUAAGAAACAUUGGUACAGUUUUUAGGUAGUUUUCUAAAUAUAAGAAUUUCUUGCAAGAGGGAUGUAGCUCAGUUGCUAGCUUUUCAUGUCACCAUAAACAAAAGGCGUUGCUUACCAAAUCUUGGUGUCAUCUAUUACAUGAAAAGGACUAAUAUAGGUGUGUGUCUUCAACAAAGUGGAAAAAUUGCUAAGAUUUCUCCUAGUAGCUUGACACCAUUAAAAGUUUCCUUUUGACAUGUAACAUUUACAACUCUUUGUACUGUAAGGUACUUUUUCUUGUUACACUUGUAAGUUCCUCUGCCUUCUGUGUGCUUAAUCACUGGGAGGGCAUCCUUUUCAUACACCUCCAAAGGCAGCCAUGGUACCAAGUGUGUAGAUGGGCAGCCCCGAUCUUUUGAUGACUUAGCAGGCAUUAAAAGUCUAAAGAUGACAUUUUUGCCACAUCUUCCCUUCAAAGAAAGACCAUGUUCUCACAGUAGUUAAGCUAAAAUAGAUUCAUUGUUUUCCUGGUCUCCAAAGACAUCUUUGGUAAGCCCACCACCACUCCUUACGGUACCUAGCUAGAGUUACACACGGGCAGUUUUUGCAUUGUCUGCCCAGGUCUAGAAAUAUGAUUUUGUUUCUUUAGACACUACCCUGCCUUCUCAAAAAAGGUUGUCAUGCUAUACAGAUCUUUCUGGGGUAAAAAAAUAAAUAAGGUGAUAGUGAUCUAUGAGUUGGUUGAAAAUCUUACCACUGGGAGGUGACUCAGGUAAAAUGUUUAUCCUGUAACCCUGACAACUUGAAUUUGAUCCCUGCAAUCCAGAGUCUUCUAACCUCGAUGUGUACCAUGGCAUGCAAAGUUCACACAUACCACAAACACAAUAAAGAAUUUUUAAAAACCA